GGAAAUGGGGGAGGGUGGGGUUUACAUGUUUCACUCUGUCUUUUCCCCCUUUGCCUAAAAAACAACACCAGGCUAAGGAGGAACUACAGUUUCUGUUGGUGGAGAAACGACAGAGGAACAGGUUAGAGCCACCAAGAGCUACCCAGAACUUUCUGCUUAUGCCCAGUAAAAAUAUGCAGCUUAAAUGGUGCAGCAGUACAUUCCAGCACCUCAGGUCCCAUUUAAGGUGGAACGGCAAAAAUUUGAACAAAAAGCUGGUGAAUAAGAAGCGACUUCAGCCUCAUAAAGUCACACGUUAAGAGACAUUUUACAAGAAAAUACUUUCACUGAAUAGUUUCCUGCUGGAGAUACGAGAAAAGAGUCUGUAGCUGAGCUGAUGCUUAAAGCAAAGAAAAAUCCAAAAGUUAAAGUGAAAAAGAUGGGAGGACAGAUGGGUAGAGGUCCUCGCUCUGGGUCUGAGCACCACCUCUCAGAACUGAGGAUUUUAUUAGUGGGAAAUGCAGAGUCGGGGAGGAGUUCAGCAGGAAACACCAUCCUAAACAGAGAGGAGUUUGAGUUAAAGAGCACUUCUCAGUGUGUGAAGAGACAGAGAGAAGUAGCAGGGAGACACAUCACUGUGGUUGAAGCUCCAGGAUGGAAAAAGACAAAGCCUGGACUUCAUCAACCAAAGCUGCUUCAACAAGAAAUGGAGUCUGCUUUGUCUCUAUGCUCUCCAGGACCCCAUGCUGUACUGUUAGUGGUAAAUUUAGACAAGAAAUGUGAAAAUGUGGAUGUAAGUGAACUACAGGAGAACUUAGAGUUACUCACUUUGAGAGUGUGGAGUCACACUCUAGUGCUGUUCACCUGUGGAGACUGUCUGGGAGACACACCUAUAGAGAAGUACAUUGAGAGUGAAGGGAAGGAGCUUCAGUGGCUGGUUGAGAAAUGUAGGAACAGGUAUCAUGUUCUCAACAAUGAGAACAGGAGUGAUGACACUCAGGUCACAGAGCUGCUGGAGAAGAUAGAGGAGAUGGUGGCAGCAAACAGAGGACGCCCUUUUGAACUGGACAGAAAGAUUCUACAGGAGGUGGAAGAGAAGAAGAAGGGGUAUGACCAGAGGAAAUUCCUCAGAUCCAAGAUGGGGGCUGAAUUUGUGGAUGAAUACAGGAAUAUGCUUAUUCAGAGAGUUUCCUCAGUGAUGGGAAUUGCAGACCACCUACAAAGUAAAAAAAUGAUCCCUGCUGAAAUACACGCCAACAUUCAGACUGGAAAAACAUCUCAGGAUCAAAUGAGGAUCUUGUACAGAGCUCUAGACUCAGGAGGAAGAGCUGCGAAAGAAGAAUUCUAUGAAAUCCUUAAAACGAUGAUGCCUUCCUUAGUGAGUGAGCUGGAGGCUGGACCCAGAACAAGCAAUGAAGUAAAAACAAAGAGUGAAGAACACUUGGAGAAUAAAAUCAAGUACGAUCUGAGGUGGGCUUUGAACCACCUGGAUGAAGCUGAUCUGAAGAAAUUCAAGAACAAUCUUUGCGAUUGUUGGUUAGAGCCUCGACUGCACCACAAUGUGAAGAGAUUGAGGAACAACAUGGACCUGGCAGACCUUCUCAUCAAUACCUUCACUGCGAGGAAUGCUGUGCAAGUGACAAUGGAGAUCUUAAGGAUGAUCGGCCACAAACGAAUCGCCGAGAGGCUGAAAUGGGCCAUUGAGCUCAGUUUGUUUAGUUUUUUUGUUGAAGAAAACAGAGAAAAGCUCAUUCAGAGAGUUUCCUCGGUGAUGGAAAUUGCAGACCAGUUAAAGAGGAGAGACAUGAUCACUGAUGAAAUGUACAGCAGCAUUCAAACUGCAAAAACACCUGAGGAGCAAAUGAAGAUCUUGUACAGCGCUCUAGACUCAGGAGGAAGAGCUGUGAAAGUGGAAUUCUAUAAAAUCCUUCAAAGGAUGGAGCCUCUCUUACUGCAUGAACUUGCUGAACACAGUGAUAUUUUCAGCAGUUACAUUUCAACAUUAACACAGUCGGACACUAAAGAUGUGAUCAAAAAACUUAAGCACCACAAAUAUAUUCACACCACCUCUGACUGCGAGUUAAUCCCUGAAAGAAAACACAAACCAUCCUGUCACCCUCAUGAAUACCAACCAACGCUGUCCUUGAUGGAUGAAGAAAUAUUUAAUCCUGAAACGGUUGAAAAAAGUCAAGGAGACAAGAUCACAUCCUCAUACAGAUUUUUGUGCCAUCAUGCUGGUCACUUUCAGUGUAAAGUGACUGGUCUUGUGUUUGUGAUGGAGGGAGAAGGGGAAGUGCUGUACAAAAUAGAGCCCUGGGAUACCCAGCAGUUAGAUGGUUUGGGAAAGAUGACGCGUGCAGGUCCUCUGUACAAUAUUGAGUGCUGCAAAGGUCCAAUCAGUCAUCUGCACCUCCCACACUGUGAGAUAAUUGAUGAUACUGAAGAGAAUAAGGUCAAACAGGCUGUGGCACAUUUCACUGAUGAUAAUGUAGAGAUCAUUACACCCCUGCAAGUGACAUCCACACAUGUGAUCAUACGCAUCCAAGGUCUCUCUCUCCUUGGAAUCAUAAGCGAUCUACGAGAUCUACUAUUUAAGCCUCAUCUCAUCAAUGCCCAAGUAUUACUCUUCUACAAAACACUGGCGGUCACGCAAAGUGUAAAUAUACUAUACAUCCACCUGUUGCCUGGAAACAUACCAACUGACGAGGUGAUCAAAAAACGUAAGUCCAUCAAAUAUAUUGAGACCACCUCCAAAUGCCAGUUGAUCCCCGGAAGAAAAUACAAACCAUCCUGUCACCCUCAUGAAUACCAACCAACGGUUGAGACAUUUGAUAUUGACUUACACCUCACGUCUCUCAACUUUCAUGCCACAUUUGAGGUGUUCCUUGACUGUGAAACUAAGAAUGCCAGAAUAGGUCUUUUGGAUGAAUAUGGUCGGGAGGUGUGGGAGCCCCGACGUGUCUUUCUUACAGCAGAUACCAGUGCAGAGGCAACCUCACCCAAAGUGGCGGCAGCUGUUAAAUUUGUGGAUGAACACAGGCCAGCGAUCAUUCAGAGAAUCUCCUCUGUGAAGGAGAUAGCGGAUGAUUUACUAAGCAAGAAAAUUAUUAGUGAGGAAAUGAACAAUAAGAUCAGAGGAGAAAAAACAUCUCAGGAUCAAAUGAGGAUCUUAUAUGAUGGUCUCAACUCAGGUGGAGCAGCUGUGAAAGCAGAAUUCUAUGAAAUCCUUAAAGUGAAGCUACAAUCAUUAGUAGAUGAAUUGGAAGCUGGAUCAAGCAAGACCCAAUUCUGCAAAUCAGAUCUAAAGUUUCUGGAUCAUUGGAGGACGUCACAUACACGACGCAUAAUGGAGAACACCAGGGAUCUGAGAAUUGUUCUGCUAGGGAGCAUAAAUUCUGGGAAGAGUUCAGUGGGAAACACCCUCCUGGGCAGAGAGGAGUCUGAGUUAAAGAGAACUGCUCAGUGUGUGAAGAGACAGAGAGAAGUAGCAGGGAGACACAUCACUGUGGUUGAAGCUCCAGGAUGGUGGACAGAUACACCUGUAAAAGAGAGCACUGAGUUACUAAAACAGGAGAUUAUGCUCAGUGUGUCUUUGUGUCCUCCAGGGCCCCACACUGUACUACUGGUCAUACGUUUGGACACCAUGUUUAAAGAGGAUGAAAGUGCAGUAUUAUUGGGACACCUGAAUCUUCUCACUGAUUCAGUGUGGAGUCACACUAUAGUGUUGUUCACGUGUGGAGACUGUCUGGGAGACACACCCAUAGAGCAGCACAUUGAGAGCGAAGGGAAGGAGCUCCAGCAGCUGGUUGAGAAAUGUGGGAACAGGUAUCAUGUUCUCAACAAUGAGAACAGGAGUGAUGACACUCAGGUCACAGAGCUGCUGGAGAAGAUAGAGGAGAUGGUGGCAGCAAACAGUGGACGCCCUUUUGAAAUGGACAGAAAGAUUCUACAGAAGGUGGAAGAGAAGAGGAGAGCAGAGGGAGAAAGGGCUAAAGAGAGGAUGAUGAUGGUGGAGAAACAGAGAAAGGACCUCAGAUCACUGACUGGAUACACACCUCAUCUCUCAGAGCUGAGGAUUGUUCUGCUGGGAUACAGAUAUGCUGGGAAGAGUUCAGCAGGAAGCACCAUCCUGAACAGAGAGGAGUUUGAGUUAAAGAGAACUUCUCAGUGUGUGAAGAGACAGGGAGAAGUAGCAGGAAGACACAUCACUGUGGUUGAAGCUCCUGGGUGGAGUAAUAGGGCUAAAGAGGAGAGCACUGAGUUACUGAAACAGGACAUAAUGCUCAGUAUGUCUCUGUGUCCUCCAGGACCCCACUGUCUCCUGCUGGUCAUUCGAGUGGACAUUGUUUUUAAAGGACAUGAGGGACGCAUAUUAAACGGAUAUAUGAAGCUUUUUAGUCAGAGAGCUUGGAGUCACUCUAUAGUGCUGUUCACCUUUGGGGACUAUCUGGGAGACACACCCAUAGAGCAGCACAUUGAGAGUGAAGGGAGGGCCCUUCAGUGGCUGGUUGAGAAAUGUAGGAACAGGUAUCAUGUUCUCAACAAUGAGAACAGGAGUGAUGACACUCAGGUCACAGAGCUGCUGGAGAAGAUAGAGGAGAUGGUGGCAGCAAACAGUGGGUGUUAUUUUAAAAUAGGUAGAAAGAUUCUUCAAAAGGUGGAGGAGGUGAAGAGAGCAGAGAAAGCAAGACCAAAAGAGAAGAUGAAGGUACAGAAACAGAGCAAGAAUAUCAAAGCAAAUAUCGACUCAUCCCUCUGUUCUGGCUACGGCUCUCCAACCUCAGUGAAGAUUCCAGGGAAGCAUGGAAUGAAAAAAUUUAUGAACUCAGAGUCGCCAACCAGUGAAAAUAUCUGCUUGGAAUUCAAGAGUUUGGGCAAUGAAAAUCUUGGAGUCCCUGAAGUGUUUAUCCCUGAAAUAACUGAAGGCUUGGUGAUUGAAAACAACAAUUCAUUCAGGUUUCAGUGCCCUCAUGCUGGUCAGUUCCAGUGCAAAUUGACCAGCCUUGUGUUUGAGAUGGAGGGCAAAGGGGAGUUGCAGUACAGAAUAGACUCCUGGGAUACCCAUGUGUUGGAUGGUUUAAGUCAGAUGAAGCCUGCAGGUCCUCUGUACAGUAUCGACUGUUUUGAAGUUUGGGUCAGUCAUCUGCACCUCCCACACUGUGAGAUACUUUCAGAGGGAAACCAGUCUGAGCUGGUUGUGGCACAUUUCACUGGUGAUAAUGUAGAGGUCAUACAGCCACUGAAAGUGACAAGCACACAUGUGAUUAUCAGUAUCCAAGGCCUUUCCCUCCUUGGCCUUCUGAAAAACAUGUUCUAUGCUGGUCCUGUUGGUGCUCAAGUCUUACUCUUCUAUAAAGAAAUCACUGGAAAGCAAAGCAGGAAAAAACUACACAUCCACUUACUGCCGUGGAAUGUGCCAUAUGAAGAGGUAGAGAAAAGGCAUAAGAGCAGUACGUACUAUGACACCAGCUCCACAUGCCAGCUUACCCCUGGUAGAAAAUACAGACCAUCCUGUGACCCUUACAAGGCCCAGCCAAAGAGUGCCACAUUCGAGUGUGACUAUGGCCCAAACUAUCACCCCACAUUUGUGGUGUUCUUUGACACUGAAGCUUUUACAGUAAGUCUUUUGGAUGAAGAUGGCCUGGAGGUGUGGGAGCCACAUGAUGUAUGUCUUUCAGGUAAAAAUGACCAUUUUCCUAGUGACAGCAAAGCAAAGCAGUGAAGCUUUUGGUUAAAUUGUAUCAGAAAAGGGUUUAUUACUUGAAGCUUUUAAACCCAGUGCACAUAAAAAAAAACUGGAGGUUAAAAGCAUUAAUAGCAGAAUAGCAGUCCAAAUCUUAAGCAUCCAGUGAUUUAAAAGAAUGUGAUUUCUUUCUAGAGCAAUAAAGGUAAUUAGUAGCACAACUAUGAUCCCGGGGUGUUCAAGUAUUCAAUUCAAGAGUUUUAUUGUCACAGCACAGCAGAACAGGCAGUUAUACUGUACAAUGAAAUUCUUAUUUUGCUGUUCCUCCAUUCACCAAAUACAGUAUAAUCUUAAUAUCUGAAAUCUUAGAAGAAAAUAGAAAAAAUAGAAUAUAAGAUUAACACUACAAACAAAACAGUUCCUUCACAGUAAAGGUGGGGGCUUUAUAUAUAAAAUCUAAGUCAAGAUAUGUGCUUGGUAUCAGCAUGAAACCAUGGAAACCCAGUCUAGUUCGCUCAUUCUGAAUCAGUUUGUAAAGCAAUCACAUGGCUGUGUCCCACAAAAAGCUUUGAGUCCAGAGUCCACAGCAAGGUGUGUUCCAGUGGCUUUUCCACAUGGACACAGUUCGACAUCCAUCCAUCCAUUUUCCAAGCCGGGGGGCGGGGGGGUGCUGCUGCUGUAGUCUAUCCCAGCAUCAUCGUCAUCCAGCGGAAGGCAGGAUACACCCAGGACAGGUCACCAGUCCAUCGCAUUGGCGCUCACACACGGGGGCGAUUUCGCAUAUCCAAUCGGCCUGACUACAUGUCUUUGGACUGUGGGAGGAAACCCACGCAGACACGGGGAGAACACGCAAACU